AGGAUGCUCGGUGUCUCUCCAGUUUCCUUAAUUCUCCAAAGCUACUGGAGCUGACGGAGGUUUACGAUGGAUCGCGAGAGGGAGCUUCACCUGUAGAUAUUUCAUAUUAACCUGUGAUUCAAAAUUGAGAGAGGGGGAUUAAAAAAAAACUAACACCUCUUUGGAAGUAAAUGGUUUUCUAUUGGAUUUUGCGUUGCUGAACAGUUGCUGGAAAUAACUUCACUAUCACAGUUUUGCGGGCGGGCUGUCGCCUCCUGCUCCGGUUUAACGGGAUACCGUAAGCUGUAUGGAGGGAUGUCGGCAUGGCUUGCACCAGGAGAACCAAAACUUUGGUGUCCACAUGCGUGAUACUGAGCGGCAUGACCAACAUUGUUUGCCUGCUCUAUGUCGGAUGGGUUACUAACUACAUCGCCAACAUUUACAUCAAGGUCCCGAUGCCUUUACCGGAGAGAAAGUUAGAAGGGGACAAGCGAGGUGACACUCUCCGGAUCAUGGAGAGGCUCGAUCGGCUGGAGAAUGUGGUCAACCAGCACAUUCAUGAGACUCCAGGGAAGGACGACGAUGGUCAGCCGGAUACAUCAUUCUCUGACUCGUCACUGUUUGCUCACUGGGGUCAAGAGCUCAGUCCAGACAACCGGCGAGUGGCUCUGAAGCAGUUCCAGUACUAUGGAUAUAAUGCCUACCUCAGUGAUCGUCUCUCUUUAGACAGGCCAAUAGCAGACCUCCGGCCUGAUGGGUGCAGAAACAUUACUUAUCCCUUGAACCUCCCUCAAGUGAGCAUUGUGUUCAUUUUUGUGAACGAAGCCUUGUCUGUCAUUCUGCGGUCUAUUCACUCUGCCGUCAACAGGACACCUUCCCAGCUGCUCAAAGAGAUAAUCCUGGUGGACGACAACAGCAAUAAUAGAAUUCAAUGCUGUGGAUUCACUGGAUCAUAUGAUGAGCUAAAGGAGAAACUUCAUGAUUUUGUUUCUGAGACUAACAGCCAACGUCCAGGAUUCAUAAAGAUGGUGCGGCACGACAAGCAGGAGGGUUUGAUCCGGUCCCGAGUGAGUGGGUGGAGGGUUGCUACCGCCCCAGUCGUUGCCCUCUUUGAUGCCCACGUUGAGUUCAGUGUCGGAUGGGCUGAACCUAUUCUGCAGAGAAUUAAAGAAGACAGAACCCGGAUAAUCUCCCCGUCCUUUGAUAACAUCAAAUAUGACACAUUUGAGAUUGAAGAGUAUCCGCUGUCUGCACAGGGCUUUGAUUGGGAGCUGUGGUGUCGCUACCUCAACCCACCCAAGUCCUGGUGGCACAAGGGCAACAAGACUGCACCAAUUCAGAGCCCAGCUCUGAUUGGCUGCUUUGUGGUGGAUAGGCUGUACUUUGAGGAGAUUGGCCUGCUCGAUGAAGGGAUGGAGGUGUAUGGGGGUGAAAACGUGGAGCUGGGCAUCAGGGUGUGGCAGUGUGGAGGCAGCAUCGAAGUCCUGCCUUGUGCUCGCAUCGCCCACAUAGAGCGUGCUCAUAAACCCUACACUGAGGACCUGACAUCGCACGUACGUCGAAACGCCCUCAGAGUUGCAGAAGUUUGGAUGGAUGAGUUUAAAAGCCACGUCUACAUGGCCUGGAAUAUUCCACUGGAGGACUCAGGGAUUGAUAUUGGCGAUGUGUCUGAGAGGAAGGCUCUGAGGAAGAGGCUGCAGUGUAAAACUUUCCGCUGGUACCUGGUCAACAUCUACCCAGAUAUGAGGAUGUACAGUGACACCAUCGCAUACGGAGUAUUGAAAAAUUCUCUGAAGACUGAUCUGUGUCUGGACCAGGGGCCUGACAAUGACAACAUGCCCAUCCUGUAUCUCUGCCACGGGAUGACACCACAGAAUGUUUACUACACCAGUACUCAGCGGCUCCACAUCGGGCUCCUCAGUCCCACCAUUGAUGACGAUGACAACAAGUGCCUGGUGGAUGUGAAUAGCAGACCCCGCCUCAUUGAGUGCAGCUAUGCUGCAGAAAAGCGCAUGAAACUCCACUGGCUCUUCACUCAGGGAGGAUCCAUUCAAAACAGGAAAUCAAAGAGAUGCCUAGAGCUUGUAGCAAGCAGUGACAAUGAGUUUGGCUACCAACUGGCUCUGCAGAAAUGCACUGGACAGAAAUGGUUCAUCACAAAUGUGCUGUUUAGCAGCUCCCUAUGACUGACUGCCGAAGGAAACACUGGAGUCAAUAGCAACUGGACUGAAUGAAGUCGUCUCUUUUGUGUGCAUUUGUGUAUGCAAGUGUGAGUCUCUGUGUAUGAAAGUCUAGGAGGCAGGAGCACUCAUUUUGAGAGCCACGAUGUCUUCUGAAGAGCCGGUCGACAUCACAUCAUAAAUGUUAAACAUUUUAUUUUGCCUAAAGGAACAGCCAUAGUUGGCAGAUAUUUUUCAGAUCUGACAAUGUAGUAUAUUUAGUAUAUUUUGUGGUAAAUACAGUACAGUCAGAUUUUCGUUGACUUCAAAUAUGUAAUGGGUACUUGUUAAUAUUUGCUACUGUGUAGCAAGCUUUCUGAAUCUGUCCCUGCUGUAAUUAUUUUUUAUUUUAGUGUCUCAGGUUUGUAGGUUUAUUAUGCGAUUGAGCUGUACAGUUGUGGAAAAU